GGCUACUACAUUGCCCACGCGGCACAACAUGCCAUCGAGCACUGCUUCACGGUCGUCAUUCAGGGUCCAGGCGCUCCAGUCCAGGCCUUCAACGAUUACAAGGAAGGUGAGAGUCCACCGUGUCGCCUGGAGCCUUUGAGCAAGUUGGAUGCGCUCACUGUGGUGCACGCCCUCUAUCGGGUUGCUCAACCACGCCCGAAGCGUUCCAAGAAACCGAAAAAGAAAUCAAGCAAGAAGAGCAAAGUCAGCCGCAACUAG